AUGCUGCUGCCCAAACCACUCGGUGCUGUCCUGGUCCAGCUUGCCGUGGCCUCCGCGGCUGGAUGCGGCGAUGCCGACGCCUGCAUUGGAACCGAGCAUUGCGUAACCAAAACAUUCACGACCCCCGUCUCAACAGUGGUCACCACUUGCGUCCCAACCCCGACCUGCGUCGGUGUAUACGGAAGCUGCGAUUCCGGCGGCUCCGGUCCCCUGUGCUGCUCGACCUACUGCGCCGCGACUAAGUGUCGCAGCACGGACGACGACUGGCCCAACUGCUCAGAGGACAUGGGACCUUGCAUUGCGGACGAGAAUUGCUGCUAUCAGAACAAGUGUGUUGAAGGCCUUUGUGUGCGCCCUUAG